GGAAUAAAAUACACAAUACUAAAGAAAAACAACUUAAUAAAUUAAUUCCAUUUUAAAUUUUAUGCUGGCUUUUAAAAAUUUCAAGGGUGGCUGCUAACAUCUUCUUCUACAUUAUAUAUAUUAAUUCAUCAAUUAGUAAUAUCAGUCACAAAUCACAACUCCUAAAAUAAAUUAUGAAUAUCUUCUUCUUUCUUUUCAUAAUCUCUUGUCCACUUUCAUCAUCAAUCUCUGAUACUUUACAUGCAGGUUCAUCAUUAUCUGCAGAACAACAAAACGUCGACGUUUUAGUUUCACCAAAUGGGAUCUUCUCAGCUGGAUUUCACUCCAUUGGGAACAACGCAUACUCAUUUGCCAUAUGGUUCACCCAAAAGAAAAAUCCCACAGUGGUUUGGAUGGCAAAUCGUGACCAACCAGUCAACUCCAAAGGCUCAAAGCUAACUCUCCUCAAAUCUGGUAACCUCAUAUUAAUCGACGCUUAUAGAAUAGUCAUUUGGGCCACAGGAACGACGUCGUUUUCAGUACCUCAAUUGCGUUUACGCGACAAUGGAAACUUUGUUCUUAUAACCGAAGACGACGUCGUUUUGUGGCAGAGUUUUAGCUCACCAACGAAUACCCUUCUUCCAGAACAACCUUUAACAAGAUACAAAGGAGGGCUUGUUUCGUCAAGAAGUCAAAGUAACUUCUCUUCUGGUUUCUAUAAACUUUUCUAUGACACUGACAAUGUCAUGCGCUUAGCGUUUGAUAACAAUGACGUGUCAAGUGUUUAUUGGCCUAAUCCGUGGUUGUUAACUUGGGAAGCUGACAGGUCUACAUACAAUAAUAGUAGAGUUGGGGUGCUUGAUUACUUGGGAAAUUUUAGCUCGUCUGAUAAAUUUACUUUCUUGUCAGGAGAUUUUGGUUCGAGGGUUCAGAGAAUAUUGAAACUUGAUAUUGAUGGCAAUGUUAGAUUGUAUAGUAGAGAAAAGUCAUGGGAGAAUUGGGUUGUUACAUGGCAAGCUUUUACCAAUCCUUGUAGGAUUCAUGGUAUUUGUGGUGCUAAUAGUCGAUGCAUGUACGAUUUUAAUGGCAGAAAAUGUUCUUGUCUUCCAGGACAUAAGAUGAAGAAUCGUACUGAUUGGUCUUAUGGGUGUGAACCAAAAUUCAAUUCCUUCUGUACCAAAAACCAAACUUCAAGAUUUAUCAAACUUUUCAAUUCUGAGUUCUACGGCUAUGAUUAUGGUAUCUACAACAACUACAGUUAUCGAGAUUGUGAAAAUUUGUGUUUACAGUUUUGUAACUGCAAAGGUUUCCAAUACUCAUAUUUUAUCAACCUUGGUAUUUUUAAAUGUUAUCCCAAGAUGUUAUUAGUUAAUGGAUACCAUAGACCAGGCUUUUCAGGAAAUGUAUACUUAAGGCUACCUAAAACAGAUGAUCAUAUCUCAUUAUAUGAAAACUCAACUGAAGAAUUUAAGUUUGACUUAAAUUGUUCUAACAAAGCCACUACAAUACAGAUAGCCAAAACUUAUACUAAAGGCCAAGUGAAUAUGGCAUUGGAAUUCAUGUUUUGGUUUGCAUGUGGGGUUGGAGGAAUUGAGAUUAUUUCUAUUUUUCUCAUUUGUUGCUUGCUGAUUAGAACCCGAAAAUACUCUGAUACACAUAAAUUUCAGGUUCAACUUAUGGCUGCAACUAGAUUGAGAAGAUUUAGCUACUCUGAACUCAAGAAGGCCACAAAAGGCUAUGUUGAAGAGAUUGGAAGAGGAGCAACAGGCAUUGUUUAUAAAGGUUUACUAUCCGAUUCUCGAGUUGCAGCAAUCAAAUUACUCCCUGAAGCUUACCAAGGUGAAGCUGAGUUUUUAGCAGAAGUUAAUACCAUUGGGACACUAAAUCAUAUGAACUUGAUAGAGAUGUGGGGAUAUUGUUUAGAAGGAAAACAUAGGAUUUUAGUGUAUGAGUACUUGGAGCAUAAAUCUUUAAAAGAGAACUUAUCUAGAAAUGUGCUUGAUUGGAACAAAAGAUUUGAAAUUGCAGUAGGAACUGCAAAAGGUCUUGCUUAUUUACAUGAAGAGUGUUUAGAGUGGGUUUUACAUUGUGAUGUUAAGCCUCAGAACAUACUCUUAAGCUCUAAUUAUCAACCAAAGGUAGCAGAUUUUGGCUUGUCUAAACUACUAAAGAGAGGAGAGCUUAGUAGUCAAAGCUUCUCAAGGAUUAGAGGAACAAGAGGUUAUAUGGCUCCAGAGUGGGUUACAAACCAACCCAUCACAUCAAAAGUAGAUGUUUAUAGUUAUGGGAUUGUUGUUUUGGAGUUAUUGACUGGAAAGAGCCCUACAAGUUGUGUUGGUAAUAGUAAUGGUAUUGAAGAAACAGAGCAAAUAGAACUUGUGAAGUGGGUGAAAGAUAUGGUUAAUGGAACUGGAGAACUGGAAAAGAUCAUGGAAUCUUCCAUGGAAGGUGAAUGUGAUAUGAAAAAGUUUGAAACUCUUUUGAAUGUAGCCUUAAAUUGUGUGGAGGAAGACAAAGAUGCUAGACCUUCAAUGAGCCAAGUUGUUAAGUCCCUCCUGCAUUUUGAGGAUGAUAAGUAGUGACAAUCAAUACUUCUAUCUUUUCAUAAGAUUAUGAAUUUUGUGUAUUGUAUUUGUGGUUGUAUUUGUACAAACUUAAUAAAAUUUGUAAUAUAUAUACAUAUAAAUUUGUAAUAUAUAAAUACCUAUCGUUUUAACAAGUAAUACUUGCAAAGAGUGAAGUCGAUCCCACGAGGAUUGUAGUUAAAUAUGUUAAAAUUAAAUUCUUACUUCUAUUUGGCUUAAUAAAAUUUAUACAUUCUAGUAUUUGAAACCUGAAAUUAAAGAAAACAAGCAUAA